AUGGCCACCUCCAUUGUCACCAUCUUCUUUCUGCCUCCUCCCCUCCUCUGUUUUGAUCGACAAGAAGUCAGCAUUGAGUUCUCAGCUCUAACAGAAAUGACUUUCCACUUCCUAACAGAGCCAAAAGAGGUGGAAAGAUUUCUGACUCAGCUUUCUGAAUUUGCCACCACCAUUCAGAUCAGUCUUGACCCCCUCAGAAGCAUCAUGAAAAGCCUCCUCCUGGUUCUAAAUGGUGUCUUGAAGAAGGGUCUCAUAGCCGAGCAGGUCCAGGUGGACUCCAUACUUCUGCAUCUUAGGGAGGAGAAAGCCACUCACUUUUCUGAAAAGUGGAAGCAAAAUGCCUCCACCCUUGCUCGAUGGGCCAUAGGUCAGACUCUGAUGAUUAACCAGCUUAUAGAUAUAGAUUGGAAAUUUGGAGUGACAUCUGGGAGCAGCGAAUUAGAGAAAGUGGGGAGUAUUAUCUUACAAUUACAGUUGGUGGUUAAGAAAGGAAAUCAAACGGAAAAUAUGUAUACAGAAUUAAGCUUGCCGCAGUUCUGCAGCUUCCUGCACGGGAUGGAGUGCGUCAGCACCGGCAUGGAUCCCUCUCCCCCUGCAGCUUCCCCGUCCCUGGGUGUCUGCUCCCAGAGGUGCCUCCCACAGUCCGUGGGCACUCCAUUUGGCCCUGCUCACAUCUUGGGAGCCCAGGUGCAAAAGGUUUAUGAAAAACAACAAGAUUAA